AAGACAGAAUAAACUAUGGACUCUGAACUCUCCUGCUACCCUCUGAGGUGGUCCUUCCAGGUCACAGCUGAAGUACAUUGGCAGGAUAUCUCAGGAAAGCUUUCAGUGAGUUUACCCAUACUCUGCAUACUUGGUGGAUUAACAGAAAACUUCAGUCUCAGGAUUGUCAAACCAGCACUGAAUACAUAUGAAGAGGAAAAAGAGCAUUUGAUUGGUCCCCGGUCAGAUACUGAUGCAAAUGAGUCCAUUGAACAAAUAGAUGAAGAUAUAGCAGUGACUCAAAGUCAGAUGAACUUUAUUUGUCCUAUCACACAGAUGGAAAUGCAGAAACCAGUUCGAAAUAAAGUCUGUGGCCAUACCUAUGAAGAAGAAGCCAUUCUAAAAAUUAUACAGCGUCGAGAAAAUCAAAAGAAAAAGGCAUGCUGCCCUAAAAUUGGCUGUAGCCAUUUAGAUGUUAAGAGAUCAGAUCUUGUGCCAGAUGAAGCACUUAAAAGAGCGAUUGACAGUCAGAAUAAACAAGCCCGAUCAAUGCCGUAGAAGUCAGCUGGACACACUGUUACCACAAAGAAAAUUUGUUAUUGGAGGUCUUGUGAGAUAAGCUGCUGAUUGUAAGCAGGUUGUGUAACUGAUUGUUAUUUGAAGUGUUUCAUUUGAAGGCAAAGUUGAAGGUGUCAGCUAUAACUGAAAGCAUUUCUUAAACUGCCAAGUGUGAAGCAUUCCAGUUUAACUUGUUUGUUUUUCUUCCUAAACCUCUAAAAUGUUGCGUUUUAUAAAUAAAAUGUAUGUGAAAAAUGUAA